AUGGUUUUAUCAGUUGCAGAAAAAUCCUAUUUAUAUGAUUCAUUAGCUUCCAAACCAUCAAUUAGACCGGACGGUAGACUACCACAUCAAUUCAGACCAAUUGAAAUAUUCACGAAUUUUCUACCAAGUUCUGAUGGGUCCUCAAGAAUAAUUGCCAGUGAUGGUAGUGAAUGUAUAGUGAGUAUAAAAUCUAAAGUUGUUGAUCAUUCCAUAGAAAAUGACUUAGUUCAAGUGGAUAUCAACGUUGCUGGGGAAAGAGAUGAUUCCAUCAUAGUGGAAACGUUAUCAUCAUUAAUGAAUAAAGUUUUAAAAUCAAAUAAGGGGAUUGAUACAAGCAAAUUACAAUUAACCAAGAAAUAUAGUUUUAAAAUCUUUAUUGAUGUUUUAAUUAUAUCGUCAUAUUCUUAUCCUGCAUCUUUGAUUUCAUUUAGUAUCUUUUCCGCCUUAAAGGCAACAAAACUACCGAAACUUGUUUCAUCAUUUGAUGAUUUGGAAGUAGAAGAAUUACCAAUGUUUCAUGAUUAUGAUCUCGUUACUCUAGAUGUUAAUCCACCAUUAGUAUUUGUGUUGGCCAUUGUAGGAGAUAAUAUUUUCAUUGAUCCUGCAUCUAAUGAAACUGAAGUGGCUAAUAAUGGCCUUAUUGUUACUUGGUCGAAUGGGAAAGUCAUAUCACCAAUAAAGACAUUGGCAUUGAAUGAUAGAUAUAUAAAUGGAUUUAAUCCCUUAUUAUUGAAGAAUGGUAUAAAAUUAGUAGAACAAUAUGGUCAAAAUAUUGCUGAUGCAUUAGAGAAUCUUUAA